AUGACUGAGGAACAGAUUUUUGGAGGUGAAGGUGAUUCAACAUUCACCUUAGAACCGGUUCAAUUGCAAUUCCAAACAGGUGGUAGGAUCAAAAAGCUUCUCGUCAGCAACAAUAUCCUCUACAUAGUUCUACAGUUAGGAUUUGUGUAUCGAAUAAAUCUUGAAAACCCAGAGAAUGUCGAAAAAAUCAACAUUGGACUGCGAACGGGGCUUGUGAAAAACGCAUUUGUCGAUAAGAAAGGUUAUCACCUCAUCAUUCAAACUGAUGCAGAUGAAUUUUAUUAUUUGAACCGGAAAUCUCGACAUGCAAAAGAGCUGUCAAAAUUGAGAGGCCUACGAGUGACCUGUAUCUCUUUUGUUGACAGCCUUAUUCAAGAUCACUAUACUGGGCCAAUUCUUGUCAGCACUGCAGAUGGGUAUUUGUAUGAAAUAAAGGUUGAAUCUAAGAAAGAGAGAUUAGUCAAACAGAUAUGGCACAGCAAGAAUGGAAUUAGUUAUGUUUGUAACAUUUCUGUUGGAAAGUAUCAUUCUGAUGGUACUAUCAACUGUAAAGUUAUGUGUGGUCUUACGAGCAACAGAAUCGUACAGUUUCGCUGUAAAGUUAACGAGGCAGUAAGUGCCACUACAAGCUCAUUUCAAAAUUCGUUUAAAAGGGAACCGAUAAGUUUCAAUUUUAAUUCGAUUAUUCAUAUGACUAGAAAUAACAAGUCGAUUGCAUUUUUGGAUAUCAAUGAAGAGGACAAUUCAUAUCAAGUGACCUAUGGAAGUGUCAAUUUCAAAUCAAAGAAGGAACUUAACCAUGUGAAAAUGGACCUGUUGACAGGCUCAUCGGUAUCAUCCAUCAUGCUCACUGAAUAUUACAUUCUAGUAUUAACAGUUUCCGGCGAACUUGUUAUAUACAAUCAAUUGAACCAGUGCAAGGUGUCAUCAACACGAAUUCUUCCUUCUAAUGAGCCGUUUAUAGGCUUUGUGUCCGAUAUCAUUAACAAUACCUUCUGGCUAUACUCUUGCGAUAUAAUUUAUGAAAUUGUCGUGGAUAAGGAAAAUUCUGGAAUAUGGAAGCUUAUGGUUGAAAAGAGUAUGUUUGACGAUGCUAUCGCCACGUUAAAAUCGCCCACUGGUGUUGAUCAAACGAAGUAUGAUAUAAUCAUGUCCCAGAAAAGCAAAUAUUUGUUUGAAAAGGGGGAUUUUCAAAGCUCUGCAGAAUGUUUUGCAGAAACUUCGCAGCCCAUUGAACAUGUUUCCCUAAUGUUCAUGGAUGCACACCAAGACAAGCCACUUAGAAACUAUCUUUUUAAAAAACUUAAAACCAUUCCGAAGUCUAAUUCUAUGCAGGCCAUGAUAUUAAGUAGUUGGUUGGUUGAACUUUAUAUGGAGCAAUUGAAUUCCGUUAGUGAUGAGUUGCUUUCCUCCACACCAGUUUUCGCAAGCAGUGAAAAAGCGAAAAAUAAUGCAUCAGAUAACAUUGAGAGAACUCUUAAAGGUUUAAUCAAUGAAUUUCACCGCUUCUUGGAUGAUUUCAAGGACGAAUUGGAUAAAGAUACAAUUUAUCAGAUUAUAUUAAGUCAUGACAGAAAGGAAGAGCUUCUAUAUUUUGCUAACCUCGUUGGUGAUUACAAUUUUGUUUUGAAGUACUAUAUGAGUUUAAGCAUGUGGGAGGAUGCACUCAAGGUAUUAACAGUACAAAAAUUGCCCGAGCUUGUAUACAAGUAUUCAACUCUUUUAUUUGUGAAUUACCCAGUGAAAACAUGUGAUAUAUGGAUUCGUCUACUAGAUGACCUUCGGUAUUUAAAGCUACUUCCAGCCUUGCUUACAUAUCAAAAAACCGUUGCCGAACCGAGAAGCAUUACUGUUGAUCGUAAUCAGGCUGUUCGCUUUCUACAUUAUUUGAUUGACAACAGGCAGGUUAAAGAUAGAAUUAUACAUAAUUCAUACCUUUCUAUUCUUCUCAGUUAUCCAAACUUGGAAAAUGAGGAUCCGAUAUUGAAAUAUCUGGAAAAUUGCCGCACAAAUGAAGGAGUCCUUGGGGCUUCUGGAAAUUCGCAAGACAUUUUAUUUGAUCCAGACUUUAUCUUAAGAAUGGCUAUUAAGCAUCAUCGUAUAAGGAGUGCAGUCCAGGUUUACUCGCUAAUUGGCGAAUGUAUAGAAGCAGUUAAUCUUGCACUAAAGCAUGGACUGAUUGAAUUGGCUGUUCUUGAAGCUGAGAGAAUAUCGGCAUUUUCUUCACGUAAAACAAAGAAAAUAUGGUUGUGUAUUUCAAAGGUGUUGAUAAAUAAUGUUCUUGCAGAUGAAAAUUACUUGGAGGCUCAUAAAGAUAUGUUUACGAAUCAGCAAACGGCAGCUUUCACUGGAUCCCAAGGUGACAAAAAGAAAUCACAGAUCAGACUUAUUCUUCGCUACUUAAUGAGAAAAUGUGAAUCAAUCAGUAUGAAGGAUCUUUUACCGCUAUUUCCUGAUUUUGUUUUUGUGGAUAAUUUUAAGGAAGAGGUUGUUAAGUCACUUCAAAGUCUUUCAUCCCGGAUGUCUGACUUGCAGCAGCAAAUGGACGAUUCUGUUCUUCAGUCUGAUCAUAUUAAACAGCAAAUUAAACGAUUUAAGGAAGAGAACUUUCACAUUAUUGAGCCCUAUGAAUCAUGUAUGCUUUGUCAUAAAAUUCUUACAACCAGGAGAUUCAUCACAUUUCCCUGCUUUCAUUCGUUUCACCAGGACUGCCUUGUUAAGCGUAUUUCCGAGUCAUCUGAUUACAAGUUGAAAUCUGAAAUAUAUGUAUUGCAAAAGAAACUUUCUCAGAAUAGUGGAGACAGAGGACAGCUUGUUUUGAUCAGAAAGGAAAUUGAUGCUGUUCUAUCCAAGAAGUGUUGUCUUUGCAAUGAUGUUUCAAUAAAUGCAAUAGAUGAACCGUUUGUUACAAUUAAUGACAGCGAAGCAUCGAAAUGGGAGAUAUGA